AUGAGUGAUGAUGAAAGUGCUACAUCUUCAGGGAAAGACCAACCAGCAUCAAAACAACCAAACCCUACAACACAAAGUUUUAACGCUCCUAGAAGUGGUCUACCCCCUUUUCCCCCAUUUGACCCAAUCACAAAUUCAGCAACAGUGUCUCAACGAUGGAAGAAAUGGAUACGGCGUUUUGAAAACCUACUCAUCAGCCUUCGAGAGUUCGACUCGACCAUCCGGCGAGGUCUUCUCUUGACAUACGUUGGCGAAGCAACAAACGAUAUCUUCGACAUUCUGCCAGACACCGGUACAACGUAUGAAUCAGCCGUCGACAGUUUAACGCAGUAUUUCACUCCGCGUGGAAACAAAGAUGUAGCUAUAUUCGAAUUUCGCGAGUUGACACAAGAAACUAACGAGACUCUAACUGCGUAUUAUCGAAGACUCAAAACCAAGGCAACAGACUGUGAAUUCGCGAACGAAGACGAAGAGAUUAAAAUACAAAUCAUCCACAAGACACGAGACCCAAGAUUGCGAAAGAAAGCCCUUCGUGAAAGCAUGGACUUAAAAGCCUUAUUAGCACACGGAACUUCGCUAGAAAUUACGGAUCAACAAGCGCAACGACUAGAAAACGCAAACACAGACCUAAACGCAUUGGAAAGAAACCGCCAGCCACCAGCAUCGCAACCACGGGGUGCAUUCAAUCGCAGACGAAAACCACCACCGGACGGAAAGAAAACCUGCCGAAACUGCGGUGGAGCAUUUCCACACAAAGACGGAAUGCAGAAUUGCCCUGCUCGAGGAAAAUCCUGCCAUAAUUGCGGAAAACUCGGACAUUUCGCAAAAUUAUGCAAAUCGAGCAGUAAAUCGGUAAAACAUAUUACCCCACUCAAGACACCCGAUGACAGACACUUACAAGACUCGGACGAUGAUAAUUGUUUUACCUUAAAGUCAACGCCAAAUAAGUCACCUGAGACUCAGAUCAAAAUUGGACACACUCCAGUGAAA